AUCCACCACCGUUUCCAUAACGACCUACGCUCUCGAUCUGCAACUCCAUCAUGCUUCCAUGGCAAGUCUUUGACCUUGUUUCUCACCAUCUUGACCCCAAAACCCUGGCCGUUGCCUCUUGCGUCUGCAAGUCAUGGUUCGCUUGCUUCUCCUCCGACCACGUUUGGCACCCCAUUUGCACCACCCAUUUCCCUUCUCUCUCUAACCUAAAGCUCACAAACGCCGCCCUUUCCUAUUACCGCCUCUACGCCAUGGCCUCCGCGGCUGCCAAGCGCCGCUUCCAGUCCCCAUCCAAACCCUCCCUUGCCCUCCACAACCUCAUCUUCGCAGUCAACGUCUUCAACCACAACAACGUUCUGAUCGUAAGUCUUGAAAAACCCGGGGACGAGCUAGUCGUGGAUGACAACGGUGUUUUCAAGUUCGAUAUUGAUGUCGAUAACUACGAGUAUGAAGGUGUGGUGCUGGAGUCGGUGAGAGUUACGUGGAAUGUGGUGUUGAAAGGGUGGAGAGGGGUUUUUAAUAUGUUGGAAUGCCAAGGGAAGAAAGGGGUCGACUGGUGGUUCUGGGAGGAGCUGCCUUUGCCUGGCUGUUGCGCCAGCCUCGUCGAUAGUGGUGUCGUGGCGGAUUUGAGGUUGGAGUUUACUGAUGAUUCCAAAAGGGGUCAAAACAAUGUUGAUCAUGUUGGGCGGAUUAACAAAGUGAGCGUGGGGAUGUUGAGUACAACAAAGUUGAGGUAUGUCGGUGUAGAUGAUGGUCUAAGAUACUUGCAGCACUUCCUUUAUUAUUGAGGAGCAAAACAGGUAGUGAUGUCUCGGAUGCAUGUUCAUAGGGUUUAGUUUAUACAACAUCAUGUAUAUAUGCAGCACUAUGUAUUUGCCACUUUUUUCAACUUGUAGAAAUUUAAUAUGUUGGUGUUCUAUGAUCGAUUAACGCAAAACAUUGCCGAGCUACUGCAUGUCGAAUUUUGUUUAUUUAAUUAUUUGAAGGUUGUAUGUUCGGACUAUAUAUCAUGCUCAAAUCCCAUGUAUGUACAAAUCAUGGAACGGGUGAGAUGGAAAAACCGUUGUU